AAUUCUUAUCUAUGGCCCUACAUUUGGAAGACAUGAAAAUCGUUUUUGAUACUUUUAUACAAUUUUAAUUUCAGUUUAUUUUGGAAAUGAUUACUGUUUUUUGUAGGAAUAUUUUGCUCAAAAACUCCAACUGCACCGCAUGUGCCGAUUGUUGGUCAUCAGCAAAAAGAACGAACAAACAGCAAACAGCGCAAUUCUCUCUGAGCAACACGAAAUUUGUAAUACCAGGUGAUGUAGUAACUGCUAACUUGACGAAGGGCAUCGAUCACUUAAGGAAUCCACGUCUGAACAAGGGUCUCGCAUUCACUUUGGCCGAGCGUCAGGUGUUCGGCAUACAUGGUCUUUUAUCCAGCGAAUUUAGAACUCUCGAACAACAACUAGCCAUCUGCAGAUUAUCAGUGGACCGAUAUAGAAGCUUGUUGAACAAGUACCUUUAUUUAUCAGAGUUACUGGAUACAAAUGAGACAUUAUUCUAUUGUCUUCUCAAUGAGAAUAUACAGAAGUACAUGCCAUUGGUGAAUUCUCCGACAGUCGGAAUUGCGUGCUUGAGGUUCGGCCUUGUGUACAAGAGACCUAGGGGUCUCUUUAUAACAAUACACGAUAGAGGUCACGUUAUUGAUGUCUUGAAGAACUGGCCAGAACGAGAUGUGCGUGUGUUGGUAGUUACUGACGGAGAAAGGAUACUAGGGCUAGGUGACCUUGGGGCACAUGGCAUGGGCAUACUCCAGGGUAAGACCAUACUACUCACAGCUCUUGCGGGAAUAAAGCCACACCAAUGUUUACCUGUGUGUUUGGAUGUCGGGACUAACAAUCUGGCACUUAUAGAAGAUCCUCUUUACAUUGGUAUCAGAGAAAAACGACAAUGCCGCAAGAAUUACGAUGAACUGAUUACGGAGUUCUUGGUCUCGUGCAAGAAACUAUAUGGACCGCAAACUCUUGUGAUGAUGGAAGAUUUCGGUAUUCACAAUGCACACCGCUUGUUGACUAGACAUCGCGAUGAUCAUUGUAUAUUCAACGAUGACAUCCAAGCUACCGCCGCUGCAGUGGUCUCCGGUCUAAUAGUUGCCUGUGAAAGGAUAACUAAACAAAAACUUAAGGAUAAUACGUACUUGUUCUAUGGAGCAGGCUCUACUGGUGUUGGCAUAGCAAACCUGCUUUGCGAUGCUAUGACGGAAGAGGGCCUUUCUAGUGAAGAAGCCAGGACCAGAUGCUAUAUGUUUGAUGUCAAUGGUCUACUGACUAAAAAGCGGAACAAAGAAAUACCGUCUCAUGCGAGGGAUUAUGCCAGAAAUCUGGAACCCGAAAUGGAUUUCGAAAAGUGCAUCAAAAAGUUUAAAGCUACCUGUAUAAUUGGUACAUCGACAUGCGGCAGUUCAUUUACACCGGCGAUGAUAAAGGAAGUGGCUAAGAAUACGGAGAGGCCGCUGAUCUUCCCGCUGUCAAACCCAACGAGUCAAUCUGAAUGUACUCCUCAGGAAGCUUAUGAUCACACUGAGGGUCGGUGUAUUUUCGCAUCAGGAUCCCCUUUUCCACCAGUGACGUACAAAGGCCGAAAGUUCACCACUGGUCAAGCCAACAAUUACUACAUAUACCCUGGAGUGGCAUUGGGAGUGAUCGCCGCCAAUGCUUUCCGAGUCACUGAUGCUAUGUUCCUGACUGCUGCCAAGACUCUAGCAAAGAAUGUGACAGACGAAGAUAUAACUGCGGGUCGCAUUUACCCGAGUGUCAAUCAAAUGACUCAAAUAUCUCUAUCUAUAGCAGCUGAAAUUGUUUCACUGGCGUGCGACCAAAAUUUAACAUUUUUACGCCCAAAACCCAAAGAUUUCAAAGAAUUCGUUGCUGCACAGACCUACGAAUUUAAAUAUCCUUCGAAUGUACCGCGAUUCUAUUCGUACCCUGAAAGUACCACGGUGGUAAAACUUAAGAACAUCGAUGUUCUCCACAAAGGUCUACUUCCAAACAACAGAAGACCACGGCCGAGGAGUGACCCCCCAAUUUUAAUAUAAACCAAUCGAGCGUUAUCAACACAGACUAAAUAUUUAUUGACUGUGGCAAAUCGGAUAUCGUCUCAUCUAUUUUUCACAUUCUUUAUUACAUUUAAAAGUCUUAAGUGACUAUUUUAAAAUCAAAGGCAUAUUUUGGGAACAAUGGUCGAGUGAGAAAAGCUUAACGUUUCAGUAAGAGGAUGCCAAGGCACGCAUUGCCAUGUUUCAAUCCAUGUGUUACGUAAAACGCAUGUGUGAGUGCACUAACACAGGCGUAAAGUUCAUCAUUUGUUUUUUGUACUCUGCUUUUACAUUAGGAACUGAAAUCUAUGCAGAAUAAAUUAAUAAUACCAUAAGAUAAACUAAACAUCUGUUGUAGUCAUGUUGGCUAUCUGAGACAGACCGUGUUUCUGGCCCCUUUUCAGUUAAUUUAUUUCAGAAGCCACUAAUUUGUCCUUUGUGUAUAAUAAUGCUGUGAUGGCAUACGAAACAUGUUUUAAUUUACUGUUGAAUA